UAUAUCUAUAGUUCUCUUCGCUGCCAUAAUUUACACAGCAACUGUUUGCUAUUAUCGAAUAAAGAACAGGAUAUCAAGUCAUCCAACAUGAACAGCAAGAUCAUCAUUUUACUUUUUGUUUUGGGGGUGACACUUCUAAGCCAGUCAGAGGCUCGUCCAGAGCCAAGUGGUUCAGGUGAAAAGGCAGCUACUAAACCAUCCAAUGAACCAGAAACUGAUGAAGACGAGGAGGAAGAUUCUGAGAAUUCGGGCGAUUCUGAGGAUUCGAGRGCUGACAACGCUGAAUCUGGUGAAUCAGGAAAUUCAGGUGAAUCGGCCGAGUCAGGAGAUGCGCUAGAAAGCUCAAGAGAAAAAAGAGAAGCUUCAGCAUCUGGAGAAGAAACUGAAGCAUGAAGACUAAAUUCAAGACUAAGAGCACGAUGAAAAAUCCAUUGCAAUUUGCCUCGUCAAAGUAAUUGUUAUUAGCACUAAAUAGUAGUAUGUAUAUAGAUUACUAUAAGUGGAGUARAUAAAAUGCGAUUAAGAAAAGUUCUCGCUGUAUUUUUGUUAGAAAAAAAAGGUUGUGUAUGUAAUGCUUGCUAAAUAAAAUGUUGUUUCAGCAACCAA